AUGCGACCUGGCUUCCCCGGAUUCACAGCCAAUGAACCACACAACGUCCCACAGAACCACAUCACCAUACAACGUUCCUCGCGUUUCCGUUCGUGGAAUCUCCUACUCGAAAGCGGCAUGCGCGCCUUGCUGGCCCUGAAGCUUGAUAUCGGGGUCAUCGCUCAUGAGCUUUCCAAAAGUGUGGUAUCCCUUCGACUCUCCAAUAUCUACGACCUCUCCUCCAAGAUCCUCCUCCUAAAGUUCGCCAAGCCCGAGGUCAAGAAGCAACUCCUGAUCGAUUCCGGCUUCCGAUGCCAUCUUACCGACUUCGUGCGUACCACGGCCGCUGCCCCCUCCGUGUUUGUCCAGAAGCUGCGCAAGGCUCUCAAAACCCGUCGCGUCACCGCCAUCUCGCAGAUAGGAACCGACCGCAUCAUAGAGUUGAAGUUUAGCGAUGGCCAAUACAGAUUAUACCUGGAGUUUUUCGCUGGCGGAAACGUCAUCCUGACCGACAGCGAGCUCAAGAUCUUGACCCUGUUGCGCCAUGUGCCCGAGGGGGAGGGCCAAGAGCCGCAGCGCCCUGGCCUAACAUAUUCGCUUGACAACCGCCAGAACUACGGUGGUGUCCCCGACUUGACAAAGGACCGCUUGCGAGCUGCGCUACAGACCACCGUCGACAGGAAUGCUACUUCAGUCGUGGCCGGCAAGAAAAUCAAGAAGAAGCCUGGCGACGAAUUAAGAAGGGGGCUUGCCACCACCAUCACCGAGUUGCCUCCCAUACUAGUCGACCAUGCGAUGAGGGUUACCGGUUUCGACUCCAAAGUACAGCCCGCAGCUGUACUAGAAAAUGAGGCUCUCCUGGAUCAGCUCCUACGGUCCCUCGAAGAAGCUCGGAAGAUCGUCGAGGACGUGACUAGCUCUGACACGUGCAAGGGAUACAUAUUAGCGAAAACAAGACCAGGUUCAGAGAAUGUGCAAGCCGAACCCUCCGAGGGCGAGCAGCAACCGAGGAAGGGCUUACUCUACGAGGAUUUCCAUCCGUUCCUACCUCGGCAGUUCGAAGAGGAUUCAGCUUACACUGUCCUCACAUUCGAUAAUUUUGAUAAGAUGGUGGACGAGUUCUUUUCUUCUCUCGAGGGCCAGAAGUUGGAAUCACGCCUGACUGAGAGAGAAGCUGCUGCGAAGCGAAAGUUGGAUGCCGCGAAGGCCGAUCAAGCAAAGAGGAUCGAGGGUCUGCAAGCAGCUCAGCAACUCAAUAUCCGGAAAGCCAAUGCUAUUGAAGCAAAUAUCGAGAGGGUCGAGGAAGCUAUGGAUGCCGUCAACGGGUUGAUACACCAAGGCAUGGACUGGGAAGAUAUCGGCAAACUGAUUGACAGAGAGAGGCGGCGGAACAACCCAGUGGCUUCCAUUAUCAUCCCUCCACUGAAACUUCACGAGAAUACGAUAACCGUACUGCUGGGUGAAGCUGAAGCCGACGAGGAUGAAGACGAUGAAGAUGCCUACGAGACCGAUUCAUCCAUGUCCACGGACAGUGGUUUCGCUAGCAGUGAGGCUUCUAGAGGAAAGAGCCGAGAGACCCGGCUCGCAGUCGACAUCAACCUCGGCAUCUCUCCCUACAGCAACGCGGAAGAGUAUUACGAUGAGCGAAAGACGGCUCUCGUCAAAGAGCAAAAGACUUUGCAGCAAUCAGAGACUGCGCUGAAGAGCGCGGAGCAAAAGAUCACGGCCGAGUUGAAGAAGGGAUUGAAGCAGGAGAAACCGGUUCUUCACCCGGUUCGACGACAACUAUGGUUUGAAAAGUUUAUCUGGUUCAUCUCGUCCGAUGGCUACCUUGUUCUUGGCGGCAAAGAUGCUCAUCAGAACGAGAUGCUGUACAGACGGUAUCUGAAGAAGGGCGACAUUUACGUGCACGCUGAUCUCCACGGCGCGGCGAGCGUGGUUAUCAAGAAUAGCCCGAGUACGCCUGACGCCCCGAUACCACCUUCAACCUUGUCCCAAGCUGGAAACCUCUCAGUCUGCUCGUCAAGUGCAUGGGAUUCCAAGGCAGCCAUGUCGGCGUGGUGGGUCACCGCUGAUCAAGUUUCCAAGUCGGCGCCUGCUGGAGAAUUCCUACCUACUGGGUCCUUCAUGAUACGAGGAAAGAAGAACUUCUUACCUGCGGCACAGCUUGUUCUAGGGUUUGCCUUGAUGUUCAAAAUUAGCGAAGAGAGCAAGGCAAAGCACGUGAAGCAUCGACUUUACGAUGGUCCUUCAGGGACGGAACCUGCUCCAGAAGCCUCGACCUCGGCUGCCCAUGCGCAUCAGGAACCCGAAGACCAAGAGAGAAAUGACAUGGAUGAUGCCAGAAGUGAUUCGGGAGACAGUGCGAUAGAUGUGCAAGAAGAUGGAGAGCCGCGAGCGAACCCUCUUCAGUCGUCAGAUCACGAUGACGAAGAAGACGCUGAACGAGACGCACCGGACGAGCCCGCUCCAACGGAACAAAUGCGGGACUUGGCCGUUUCGGAAGAGCCUCCCGCGUCGGACACUUCAAAGAUGGAACAUGAUUCAGGCCUAGAGGAUGAUGAGGACGACGCGCAGGACACUGCAGGCAACGCAGACACGGCGCCCGCAACCACUUCCGAUAACCAGGCAUCCGCUGCGUCUGCCAAACAAGCGUCUCAACCGAAGAAACAACAGCCCAAGCGUGGUCAACGAGGCAAAGCCAAGAAAAUCGCCGCCAAGUACAAGCACCAAGAUGAGGAAGACCGCGCCGCCAUCGAAGAACUCAUCGGCGCUGCAGCAGGGAAGCAAAAGGCAGAAGCAGAAGCCAAAGCCAAUGCAGAGCGCCAAGCACAGGUCGAAGCCACGCAGGCUCGCCGACGAGCACAGCACCAGCGGCAACAGCGGGAGAUAGCGGAGCACGAAGAGGUGCGGAAGCUCAUGCUUGACGAAGGCAUGGAGACGCUCGACCCGGACGAGGUCGCCAGCCUCACACCUCUAGACUCCAUCGUCGGCACGCCACUGCCCGGCGACGAGAUCCUCGAGGUCAUCGCCGUCUGCGCGCCCUACAGCGCCGUGGGACGGUGCAAGUACAAGGUCAAGCUGCAGCCGGGCGGGCAGAAGAAGGGCAAGGCCGUCAAGGAGAUGCUCGAGUCCUGGAAGGCCGUCUCGGCCAAGAAGGGCGUCGUCGACGACCAGAGCCUCGACAAGGAGAAGAUGUGGCCGAGGGAGGUCGAGCUCAUCAAGGCCGUCAAGCCCGAGGAUAUUAUUAAUGUCGUCCCGGUCAAGAGUCUGAAGGUCAUGGGGAGUCGUGUCGCCAGUGGAGGAGGCGCGGCUGGGAAGGGGAAGGGUGGUGCUAGGGGGAAGAAGAAGAAAUAG